AUGGCCAAAGUCAAUCUUCGUUCAUGGCUGGAGAUAUCGCAAGCAACCGACGGCUUGCAACUGAAUCCCGCAGUCGUGGAGUACAUUCUUGCUAAGCUCUCCCAAUUUGAGACCCGACUGGAUGGGCUUAAGCACAGGGCAUCAACCACGCACCCUUCGCUCCAGCCCGAACCUGAUCCACCUGACACGGCCACGCUGUACACCGCCGCUCAACUACCCUACCAAUCACCAUUGUCUCCGCACCAUCCGGCGACCACGUUUCAGCAGUCGCACGCUGCACAGCUGGCCCAACAAUAUUUGCAGCCGCAACAACCAUACCAACCGCCUGCUCCUCCACUCGACGCUUUGCAAUGGCAGCAACCGCAGCAACCGGAGAUGCAAGAUUGGCGGUGGCAACAACAUCAGCCCCACACGCGACGUCAAACAAGCUGGGACCCUCCCAGCUACCGCCAACAAUCGGGGCUCAUGCCGUACGACCAAUAUCCGCUGUUAUAUCACCAUCGGUGGCCGUACCCAUAA